AUUAACUGACAGCACCAUAAGUAAGUAAGUAAGUAAUCAAGGAAGCAUCCCACAACCUCCCACCACCAACGACGUCGACACAAUGGAACACGAUACAAAAACCCCGCAAUACCUCACCUCGGACCGGAGCUCCUUCGCUUUCACGUCCGCGCGAUCGCGAUGGCCUGUCAUCUUGACCGGAGCGAUAGACGAUGUGCACCGCGCCGUCAGCGCGCUGGAGCUGUCGCAAACGGACAAGCGGGAGGAGGGGAAGCGGAUCGUGGAGGCGGUUGGGGCCCUGAAGUAUGAGGUUCUGCACGAUCGGGCGAUGACGCCGCUGGAGGACGAUGGAGGCAGCGAUAUCGAGGAAUAUAACAGGGAACUAGCGGCGUUGGGGGAGACGACGUGGUUGCACGCCCCGUGGCUGUUUUCGGAAUGCUAUCUCUACCGCCGCAUCGCAACCCACUUCGCGCGCUCCACGCACUGGAAACAACAUGACGUCUUCGCCCGGCAAAAGAUCUCGACCUUCCGGUCCUCUCGCCCCGCCGUACUCGAGCUAGCGACGCGCUACAACGCCAUCCUCAGCGACCUCGCGCGCACCACGCCCUCCGCCGAGGCGGCCUCGCUCGUCUUCACCGAGAUCGCCGAGAUCAGCCUGUGGGGCAACGCGACGGACCUGUCGCUGCUGACGUCGCUCUCCUACGCCGACAUCCAGAAGCUGCAGGGCUCCGAGGCGCGCAAGGCCGCCGAGAAGCACAUCCUCAUCAACGACCUGCACGCCGCCUACGAUGUGCUCCUCAAAGCGCAGGCAGCGGGCGGCGAGCGCACGGUCGACAUCAUCCUCGACAACGCGGGCUUCGAGCUGUUCGCCGACCUGCUGCUGGCCGGGUACCUUCUUGCGACGGGCCUCGCGACAAGCGUGACGCUGCACCCGAAAUCCAUCCCCUGGUUUGUCUCCGACGUCGUGCCUGCCGACUUCGCGGCCCUGCUCUCGGCGCUGCACGACCCGCGCGCCUUCUUCGAGACGGCCUCCGAGGAGGAGGAGCGCGAAGGCACCAAGCCCGCGCCGCUGGCGGACGACGAGGUGGCGGCACUCGAGGCGCUGUUCGCGCACUGGAGCGGGCUGCACGCCGAGGGCGCGCUGCGCAUGCGUCCCAACGCCUUCUGGACGGCUGGGGGCAGUUUCUGGCGCCUCCCGACGAGCGCGCCGCGGCUGUAUGAGGACCUGAGGGAGAGCACGCUCGUGGUGUUCAAGGGGGAUUUGAAUUAUCGCAAGCUUGUUGCGGAUGCGGCGUGGGCGCCUACGACGGCGUUUGCGGAGGCGCUGGGGCCGAUGGGGAAGGCGUCGGGGGUUGAUCUGCUGUCGCUGCGGACGUGCAAGGCGGAUGUGGUCGUUGGGUUGCCGGAGGGGAAGGAUGAGGAGUUGCGAGCUGAGCAGGGCGAGGGUGAGGGCAGACGGUGGGCGUGGAGUGGGAAGUGGGCUGUGGUGAGUUUUUCGGGGGGAAAGAAGGGGGAGUGA